UUUCCUGUAAAGUAAAAUAUUUAUGAAGAAAUACUGAUAUAUUGUCUUCGAAAAGACAUUGAAUGAUAAGACUUUUAAAGACAGAAUUUAGGUGACUUUAGAUAUACUUGCGCUGUUCACAAACGUAAACUUCCGGGACAGAAAACGCUGCACUUGUCAAAAGCGUUUCACCAUUUUGCAAUUCUGAGUAUGGUUCUAAUAAUAGAAGUAUAGGUUACGAUUUCCUAUGAAUAGUUGUUGUGUAGCGUAUGUCACUUAAGACGUUGCAGCUGUGUGUGAGUGUCACUCAGCAUAUAAACUCGUAAAAGCUUCGGCUCGCCCUAUAAACCUUGUUUGACUUCUGGGCCAAAUUUUUUAUCCAUCAUGAAUUUUGCGUCACCAUAUAUUUAUGCAAACGUAGAGCCAGAGUUUGAAUUUGUGUCCGACGAAGAAUAUGACCAUGGAAUGGAAGUAAGCAACUCUGGCUCGUCAGAUGACGAAGAUGAAGAUGAUUCGAAGUCUGUUCCUGCCCCAUCUUGCUCAGUCCUUCCCCCACUGCCACCUGGGAGGGCAGAACAGAAGAAGGGCAAGAAAAUAUUCUCAUGGAAGAAAGCAUGUAGUACAAAUGAUGUUACAGAGUCGGCUCCUCGACAUCGUUCAGCGCCAACACAUGCACCUAAGUCACGAAAGUUUCGACGUGCAGACACCAAUGUUGUGUCCAUUCGGCUGAAUGAAUUAGUUGCCCCAAGCAACAUGCAUGCUGGAGACCCAGUGUACUGUACUCAGUGUCAGGCCAUUCUCUCUAAACUUGCACAGAUUGUAUCAGAUGGCACUGACAAGGUAUGGCAGUGCAACUUCUGUGGUGAGAGGAACCUUGUUGAUGUGGAGGAGGAGGAGAUCCCUCAGAUGGAUGAUGUCACAUUCCUGAUUGAACCUGCACCAGCCACUCAAGCAACAGGCGUCAGUGGACGCGAGGAGUCGCUCGUCAUCUUCUGUGUUGAUGUGUCAGGAAGCAUGUGUGUCACCACAGAGGUUCCAGGCAAAUUGAGACUCCGUGGUUCGGGUGGGCUGAAGAGAAUGCAGAGUCUGAAUGACAGUCAUGAAGAUCAGUUUUUGCCUCGGCAGAAACGUGACGUGACCUACGUGUCUAGACUUCAAUCUGUGCAGGCUGCUGUUGAUCACCAGCUUGAAGAAAUGCAGAAAGAUCACCCUAAUCGGAGAGUCGGACUCAUCACAUUUGAUAAUGAGGUUACUGUUAUUGGGGACGGAACAGAGGAGGAAACGUCCGUGGCUGGGGAUAAGCUGACUAAUCGGGAGGCGCUUGUUAAACUUGGAAAAGACCUGAACACACCAAAAUCCAUUAAGGAAACCCGAAAGUGUCUUGGAGAUAAACUUUUCAGCCUUGAGGAGGGAGGAGCCACAGCCCUGGGACCAACUCUGGUUGUUGCUGUUGCCAUGGCAUCACGGCACCCGGGGUCAAAGGUGAUCCUCUGUACUGAUGGAAUGGCUAACGUUGGGAUGGGGAAGCUGGAUGACUCAAUGCCAGACUCUGAUACUGGUGGUUUUUAUGAAAACAUCAGUGCCCAAGCCAUGGACCAGGGUGUGUCUAUCUCGGUUGUGACCAUCAAGGGAACUGACUGUAAACUUGUUGAGCUGGGGAAGUUGGCAGAUAAAACGGGAGGGCAGGUGAACAUUGUAGACCCUCUGAAGCUCACUCAGGAGUUCAGCACUAUACUGGCUGAUCGCACCAUUGCUACCAACGUGGUGGCUACCUUCAACCUACACAAGCAGCUGUACAUUCAUCAUGAGAACAAUGACAAGAAGGAGAGUAGAUCCGUGCGGGAGGUCGGCAAUGUAACAUGUGAUACUGAGAUAACCUUUGAAUAUGGCGUCCGACCUGAGAAUGUGGAGAGUAAAACAGCCAAGGAGGACAAAAGUGAGAUGAUGCUAUCUAAAGUAAUGGAGGAGGUGAAGACAGAAGCUGGUGCUGUGCCUGAUGCUAAUGCUGUGAGUGAAGGUGGUGCUGAGCCUGAUGCUGUGCCUACUGCUGACACAGUUGCUGAUGUUGAGGUCACUGCCACCUCAUCUACAUCUGCUGGAGGAGGUCCAGAGCCGAAGUCAGUUCCAGCGGAGCUGCCCUUCCAGCUGCAGAUCCGAUACACAGACACUGAGGGCAUGAAGGCACUGCGAGUCCUCACACAGACGAAACCAGUCACACAUGACAGGGACCUGGCUGAGAAGAACAUUGACCUGAAUGUGCUGGGCACCCAUGCUGCUCAGAAGACUGCUAAUCUUGCCCUUGAAGGAGAGUACACCAUGUCCCGAGGUGCUGCACUCAUGAACCAGCGGCUGGCCUGGAGAUCUGCACAAAGAGCAGAAGGCGGCCCCGACAAGAAGGCUUGGUACAGGAGAAUCUUCAGCAAGAUCCAGACUGUGGAGAACCAUGUCAGCAAGGCCCAGAUGUCUGAACGGUCUCGUCGUGGGACAACCUACAGUGAUGAGGAAUAUGAGGAUGAUGAACCAAUCUCAUUCGCUCCUGAGAAGGCCAAGAAAAAGAAAGUAAAAAAGAUCCGAGCACGUACCUCGGAAGUGGAGGAUGAUAUGGCUAAUGCUGUGUAUGCUCAAUCACGUAUCAGCAGCAACAAGCUCAACUGAAGGAAUCAGUUCACCUCGCUUUGUGAUAUUUUCAGCAAGAAUCAUACAGUUGACAUAUGACUAUUCUUUCAUGACAAACGUUGAACACUAAGCAUUAUAUCAAAACUGAGUGAUAGUACAGACUUUGUUAACUCUUUAAUCUUAACAUACUAUUUAUAGUUUCGACAUAUUCGAAUGUAUUUUUUUUUUGAUAGGUUGACAGAACAGCUUUGGUUUGUUUGGGUUUUUUAAGUUAUUUAUACUAUUAUUUGCUUUAAGCAAUACAGACUGUUAUUUAGUGCAACAGUAGCUCAGUCAAGUUUUUGACAAUAUUGUUUGUAUGUAUUUUUAUUUUGUCAUUUAAUGUUUUUACAUUAUAGAGACUGUGAUAGAUUCUGCUGCAUGUCUUCAUUUGACGUACACAUAGAACAAAGUUCUAAAUGAAGAAAUAGACAGCAGAAUCCUUGAUGACUCUGACACUAUGGGUUGUCAUAUAAUAUCAGUAGAUAAACAGCCAAUCCAUGUUAUGUUAGAUCACAUUAAUCCAGAAACCAUACCUUCCCAUCGAUUGUUAAUCUGGACAGUUUGAUAAUCUUACUCAUUUCACUAUUUGUCCAUAUUAACUGAAUUUCACAAUCCAUACGGGCUCAACAGCUGUAAAAACUGAUUCCUAAUUCUUGUAUAGGACUUGUGUAUUUUGGGGUAAUAAAAUAAUUUCAAAUUAUUUAAAUAACACAAGAUGUUGCCAUCUUCGGUGAGGAAGAUAUUUGAUCAUUGUCUAGGAUGCAAACCUGAGCAUAUUUUCCAGGUAACUGUGUAGGCCAAGCUGAGCAUAUUCUCCAGGUAACUGUGUAGGUCAAGCUGAGCAUUUUCUCCAGGUAACUGUGUAGGCCAAGCUGAGCAUUUUCUCCAGGUAACUGUGUAGGCCAAGCUGAGCAUAGUCUCCAGGUAACUGUGUAGGCCAAGCUGAGCAUUUUCUCCAGGUAACUGUGUAGGCCAAGCUUGUUGAACGCGGACUCAUUCUUGAGGGAAAAUGCAGUUAAUCGUAUGUUCUGUGGAAUUAUUUACAAUGUUCACUUAGUGAUUUCAUAAAGAACAUAGUAAGACUUGGACCAACAUUGUCAUACCGGUAUGUUGUACACAAUCUUAUAGUCACGUGACAACAAAUGAAGUUCCAUCUUAUUUCUUGCACCAGUGCAUAUUUUAAUUAUCAUAAUAUUUUCUUUAUCAUUUCCACUCAACAUGUCUAUUAUAUGGCUAAUGAGACAUUAUAUGAUUAUGUUGUUUGAUGUAUUUGUAUAAAGGGCGACCUCCUCACGGGGCUAUCUAAAGACAGGUGGGUCAGGCAUUCACAGUCAAAGGAACCAGCUGCAUGCUGAUCUUAUCAAGAACUUAACAUAGGUUUAAUAUCUGCAUUAGAUAUGCACAGCAUAUUUAACUAAUGUUUGUAGGGUUUGGACGAGUCCAAAUUUACUAUCCUGGUACCAGCUGCAGGUCUUUUGAGUUGUGUAUAUGUCCGAUUGGGAACAGUUUCACUGGAUCCGGGGCAAAAACUAUCAUGUAUACACUGAAGUUAACUGAAGCUUUAUCUUAAAUGAAAGAAGUAAAAGUCAGAAGGAAUGCAUGCAUAGUCUGAAAGAAAUGCAAACAUUAGCAACUUGUAAUGUAACCAUAGAGUUUUAUUUUUGUUCUUAUUAAACAACAUAUUACCUGACUUACCACGGGUCCAGGUAGUCCUGUGGGUACCCGGGUCCUACUCAGGACCCACCCGAAACGUGUACCUGAGUUACUGUCCCAGUCCUAAUACUUUGUUUUGGUAAAUCAAUUUUACCAUAGUUUUAUUUUCUCCAGGAUUUUUUGUUUGUUUAUGUUGAUAAUAAAACUGCAUUCUAGUCCACAGAUCCUAUUCAUACUGUAAUUGGUUAGCAUGAUGAAUUAGGUUUGAAAGAUUAGGUGUGUGUUUGACACAUGUCUGUGUUGCAUCUGACCUUCCUGCAGUGAUCCAGGCCUGUCAGAGACAUGAGGAUCCCAUUGUUACUGUCUUCUCCCUAUGAUGCUGUUGCUGUUUUGUUGUUGGCAAUAUUUCUAUUUUCUUACUUGAUUUAUGUGACACUCCAUCUGACAAUAAAGUUCUAUAUCAGCGUU